AUGAAGCGUGGGGUGGACUGGAGCUCCGUCAUCUCUCGCACGCUCACCACUCCCGCAGCCAUGGCUCACCAGCGCAAUCAGCCCUCUAUGGGCGACUCGCUCAAGACACCGCAUUCGCACCCACUGCCCAACUCGCAAGAUCUAGGCAUCUCGCCAAAGGCGUCGCUAGCCUACCCUUCGCAAGACGACUCGAACAGCAGAUUCCUCCUUAGUCCUGUGCUCAACCUACCUGAGGCUUUCGGCAGUGCUUAUGUGGGCGAGACAUUCUCGUGCACGCUGUGCGCAAACAACGAGCUCGAUGCUGCAGACACCACCAGAGCGGUCAGUGGUGUGAGGAUACAAGGAGAUAUGCAGACGCCCUCGAACCCCGCGGGUUCGCCUCUGGAUCUGACAGGGUCGCUCGAAGAUGGCGAAGACGCUGUAUCACCUGGGCCGGGCGAAUCGCUGCAGCGCAUUCUGAGGUUCGAGCUGAAGGAGGAUGGCAAUCACGUUCUGGCUGUCACAGUCACAUACACAGAAACAGCAUUGGGCGAAGGCAAAGCGGCAAGUGGACGCGUGCGAACGUUCCGCAAGCUGUACCAGUUUGUUGCGCAACAACUGCUCAGUGUCAGAACAAAGGCCGGCGAGUUGACCCAGCCGAACGGCCCAUCCAAAUAUCUGCUCGAGGCACAGCUUGAGAACAUGGGCGAGGCUGCGGUCUGCCUAGAGGUGCGUGAUUUGUUCCCAUAUCCUUGGACCCCACAAUGUGUUUACCCGCACCCGUGCCGUCUGUCGUACAGUUCAUCAAUCUGUAACCGAGAUCAUGCACGGCUACCAUUCCUUGGAGUAUUAUCUGCACUAGUUACAUUGCGAAUCUCGUUCCAUGUAAUAUCAACAGCGCGAUAA